UGAUGUUUUAAUUCACAGGGAAAUGAUCUGCAUUGGCUAGCGUGCGCCUUGUACGUGGCUUGCAGAAAAGCAAUUCCAACUGUGAGCAGAGGGACAGCUGAGGGAAAUUACGUAUCCUUAACCAGAAUCUUGCGCUGUUCAGAGCAAAGCUUGAUAGAGUUUUUUAACAAGAUGAAAAAAUGGGAAGACAUGGCAAAUCUACCCUCCCAAUUCAGAGAACGAACUGAGAGACUAGAGAGAAACUUCACAGUUUCUGCAGUAAUUUUUAAGAAGUAUGAGCCCAUUUUUCAGGACAUUUUCAGAUAUCCUCAAGAAGAUCAACCUCGUCAACAGAGAGGAAGAAAACAGAGACGACAACCGUGCACCGUGACUGAAGUUUUCCAGUUUUGUUGGGUGCUGUUUGUUCAUGCAAAAGGUAAUUUUCCUAUGAUCAGUGAUGACUUGGUCAAUUCCUACCAUCUCUUGUUAUGUGCUCUGGAUCUAGUGUAUGGAAAUGCUCUCCAGUGUCCUAACCGUAAAGAAAUUCUGAAUCCUAAUUUUAAAGGUCUACCUGAAGACUUUCAUAGUAAGGAUUACAAGGCAUCAUCUGAUCCUCCCUGCAUCAUUGAAAAACUGUGUUCGUUACAUUAUGGAUUAGUUUUAGAAGCAAAAGGCAUAAAGGAACAUUUUUGGAAGCCAUAUAUUAGGAAACUUUUUGACAAAAAGCUUUUAAAAGGAAAAGAUGAAAAUCUGACUGGAUUUCUAGAUCCCGGGAACUUCGGCGAUAGCUUCAAAGCCAUCAACAAGGCCUACGAGGAAUAUGUUUUGUCAGUAGGAAACCUCGAUGAGCGAAUAUUUCUUGGGGAAGAUGCAGAUGAAGAAAUUGGAACUCUCACAAGGUGCUUAAAUACAAAUUCAGGAAUGGAAACGGCUGAAAGAGUACAAGUGAAGCAUAAUUUGCAGCAGCACUUUGACAGGUCCAAAUCGCUUAGGAUUACAACCCCACUUACCGGCCGCAAGUAUAUUAAAGAGAGCAACCCGUAUGUGACACCCGUUUCCAUAGCAACAUACAGCUUGAGCCGCCUUCAUACCAUGCUGGCAGGACUGAAAAAUGCCCCCAGUGAAAAUCUGGAGCAAAUACUCAGGGCAUGUUCCAGAGAUCCUUCUCAAUCUAUUGCAAACAGAGUAAAAGAAAUGUAUGAAGUGUACUGCCAGAGCAUGCAGUCGGAAGGAGAAUUCAGUAAUUUUUCCAAAGAUGUUGCUAGUAAGCAUUUUCGUCGUGCUGAGGUGCUAUACUACAAGGUCUUGGAGUCAGUCAUUGAGCAGGAGAGGAGGAGACUGGGAGACGCUGACUUAUCUGCAAUACUGGAGCAGGACGUGUUUCAUAGAUCUCUGCUGGCAUGUUGCCUGGAGAUCAUCACCUUUACAUACAAGCCACCUGGAAACUUCCCGUGCAUCACUGAAAUAUUUGACAUUCCAGUCUAUCAUUUUUAUAAGGUAAUUGAAGUUGUCAUUAGAGCAGAGGAUGGCCUUUGUCGGGAAGUAGUAAAACACCUCAAUCAUAUCGAAGAACAGAUCUUGGAAAGUAUGGCAUGGAAACAGGAAUCCAUCCUGUGGGACAGAAUCAGAGACAAUGAAAACAAAGUUCCUACCUGUGAAGAGGUAAUGCCACCUCAGUAUUUUGAAAGAUCUGCUGGGAACAGUGUUAUAGGUUCACCACUGACACCAAGACGAAUAAAUGAGGUUCGCGCUGAAACCGGAGGACUAGGAAAAGGCCUUUCAUCCUCUCCAACGACCCUGUAUGACAGAUACAGUUCUCCUACAGCCAAUCCUACAAGGAGAAGACUGUUUGUUGAUAACGACACCACCUCGGAGGGUGGAACUCCAGUAAGAGUUUCCCAACAGCCCGUGGUAAAUACAGUGCCUGUGCAGAACAUCAACCCCGAAGCCAUGUCGGUAACGCCGGUGCCCGGCCAGACACUGGUGACAGUGGCAACUGCCACCGUAACAGCCAAUAAUGGGCAAACCGUUACAAUACCAGUGCAAGGUAUUGCCAAUGAAAACGGAGGAAUAACUUUCUUCCCGGUCCAAGUAAACGUUGGUGCCCAGCCCCAAGCUGUCUCUGGUCCCAUUCAGCCUCUGGGUGCCCAGGCUCUUGCUGGCACCCUGAACCCUCAGCUCGCCGGGGCAAUGCUGCAGUUACCGGGGCAGUUAACUGUUCAGCAGAUCUCUCCUGGAGAGCAACGACAAACCCAGCUCUUCAUCACUGCUGCGUCCCUCAAGCCGCGGAAGAUGGGCUCGCUUUCGCUCUUCUUUAGAAAGGUCUAUCAUUUGGCAAGUGUUCGCCUGCGAGAUCUCUGCAUCAAACUUGAUAUAUCUGAUGAGCUGCGGAAAAAGAUCUGGACCUGUUUUGAGUAUUCCUUGGUGCACUGCCCUGAAACCAUGAUGGACAGACACUUGGAUCAGCUGCUGAUGUGCGCCGUCUAUGUAAUGGCUAAGGUUACGAAGGAAGAUAGAUCAUUUCAGAACAUCAUGCGCUGCUAUCGGACACAACCACAAGCCAAGAGCCACGUGUAUCGGAGCGUCCUGAUAAAAGGCAGGAGGCGGCGGCGCUCCGGCAGCAGCGAUAGCAGCAGCCAGCAGAACUCGCCUACAGACAGAAGCAAAGAGCGAAACAAAGAAAAAACCAGCAGAGACUCCAGCCCCGUCAUGCGAUCCAGCAGCACCCUGCCCGUACCGCACCCCAACAGCGCCCCCCCCACCCCCACCCGCCUGACGGGUGCCAACAGCGACACCGAGGAGGAAGAGCGAGGGGACCUUAUACAGUUCUAUAACAACGUCUACAUCGAGCAGAUUAAAGAAUUUGCCCUGAAGUAUACUUCAAAUGCACAGACCGAUUCCCCUCCGCUCUCGCCCUACCCGUUUGUACGCAUCGGCUCCCCUCGCAGGAUACAGCUGUCCCAGAAUCACCCAGUGUACAUCUCGCCACACAAAAACGAGCCUACUCUCUCCCCUCGAGAGAAAAUAUUCUAUUAUUUCAGCAGCAGCCCUUCUAAGAGGCUAAAGGAAAUUAACAGCAUGGUUAAAACCGGAGAGACUCCAACAAAGAAGAGAGGCAUUCUCUUAGAAGAGGGCACUGAGGCGCCAGCUAAGCGCAUCUGUCAGGAGAACCACACUGCUCUGCUAAGACGACUGCAGGAUGUAGCGAACGACAGAGGCUCUCACUGACCCCGGGGUCCAGCACAGGGAACCGCCCCCUGCUGCUCCGCUGGGCUGCUUAGCGUGUGACAGGGCCUGGCCCAGCCAGGCUGCGCCCAGCCAGGCUGCGCCCAGCCUUCGCGCCCCUCGGGAAGGGCAGGAGGGGUCUGCCCCACCCCUGGGACAGCGAGGAGAGGCUUCCAGCCCUGCGGCCUGACCUCGACCCACGGCUACGCCAACCGUAAGGCAAGUGAUCCCUCUCCAGGCGCUGGCUUUGGAAAGCAGCUGAAGAGCUUCCUGGUGCCUGGAGAACACCUCCCUACCGCAGCUUUCUACGCUUUCUACCUUGCAACAAGAUUUAAAUCCAUCUGCUUUAACUGGUUUUAUCAGCACUUUCACCCUUGGACUAGGAAGUUAUACCUGCAUCAGAUGUGGGAGCACCACGCCAAGAUCACCGCCUUCAGCCGUGUCUUGGUUUUUACAAUAACGCCCUGCACAAAAAUAACGACUUACAAGUCACCUUCUAGCAAGGUCCAGGUCUGCUGGGGAAGGGAAGACGGGAGCGCUCUUGUUGACCCCGGAGGAGGCUGGCUGACCAGAUCCUUGCCCUCUCCAGGAUGGUUCCUGUGCCCCUGCAAAAAGUCACAUUGGUUUGCUUUAACGUUUGGGCACCUUGUUGUAGACAGGUAGACAAUUCUGUUUAUGCAUUGUUUUUAGCUGUGCAAUGUUUUAAAGUGAACUCGUGUUCAAAAGGUGGCACUUUUGAUAGGGCUGUGAAGCGUCAUUUUUAAGGCAGAGUAGUUUUGCUGUAUAUUUGCAAUGGCACUUUCUAAAUGUGAAUUAUUUUUUUUCAAAGGCUGACUGCAGCUGUCUUUCUGUAUUGAAGCAAUUUGACUUUUGUAUUUAUUUUUAAAUUGACAUCCCACAGCUCCCCUCUUCAGCAAAAGGCAUUAAGAAUUCUUUCUCAUUUGAUGUACCUGCAGCAGGGAGUGCAGGAAGCUUGGGACAUUUGCUUUUCUCAAGGAAUUUUAUACGCUCAUAAUGUUUCUUCAGAUCACUUUUCUUAGGCGUCGGGAAGCGGCCACCUCGCUUACUCCGCAGAAGGAUGGCGGCGUCCAUCUCUUAAAACAUUGAGUUAGCUUUUUUGUUUGAUUUUAAAGCAUAGGGCUUGGGGGGUUGCUUUGGGUUUUGUUCUUUUUUAAUGGACUAAAUCAGGCUGCCGGGAGAAAUCUCUGCCCUACACACAGGGCCAGGAAGUGGUGCAUAUAUUAGACUUACUCAUCGUUUAAAUUUACAAUAGUCCCAAGCCACCAGGCUUACUAGGAAGGCAUUAAGCACGCCAACAGCCGGUGCAGCGUGGCCGUCCACUCCCUUCCAGUGACUCAGCUGGGACAGUGGGGGUGGUACUGUAAAAUGCAGCACACUCUGAUUCCAGAAGGUGUUGUAAGGAAGCAAAAGUUAAAAGCUCUGUAUUUUCGGUCAUCCCUGCUCCUCUGAAUAAUGGGAAAAUUUAGGACUUAAUUCCCCUGUAAAUUCAAUUACAGUAAAAUAAGUGUCUUUCAUUCUUACCUGCAUAACGAAAAGGCUGAAGUCAAGAAAUC